AUGGCGGGAGCUUCGCUUUGGGGAAUCACAUUCAAGAAUAUUCCAAAGAAACCAGUUUCUUUCAUUCACAUCGCAUCUUGUCGAUGCUUUAGCGUAGGGAAGCAACGGAGACAUCAAGAUAAUACCCAGUUCGACCAAAAGUUGUUAAAGAUCUUAGUUUGUCCAUUGACAAAGAAGCCAUUGAGGUGUGUAAUUGAAUCAUUGCAGUGAAAAGUUAAACUCCCUUCGAGUAUAAAGAACCUAGCGGAUUAAGAACCUGAUGCCAGGAAUUUUCCAUUUUAAUACCAAACAUUAAAAGAACCUGUUUAGCUAAGUAAGGUCAACCAGGUUCCUAUAUAUGUGGGUUACAGCUUAGUUCAGUUACGUGAAACAUUUCAACCAAAGACUUUGACUUUGAGAUUUCUAAUAAUUGAUAUUCAAAAUUAGUAACAAACUAUAACUGCUAAUAAAAGUGAUAUUUUCUCAAACAAAACGAGAUCAUGUCAAGUACAGACUUUAUCUCUUUCGUACAAUUUAAGUCUAAUUAAGAACCGACUCAGACUGAAAAAAGUGUAGGUUCUUACACACAAGUUUAACUAAUACAUUACACGAAGAUAUGCCAAACAAAACUUUUCUCAUUACACACCUGGAUGUCUAUGGCCUCUGGUCUAAGCUUCGUGGAGAAAUCCUUCGUUAAUAUGAUAGAUGCAGUAGAACCCUGCUAACUCAAACUCAGUUAACUUAAACCCCCAUGUAACUCAAACAAGAUCUGCUUUCCCUUGAAGCCAUUUCUUCAGUCAUUUACUGUUAACAAGCUGAAACCCUCACUGACUCAAACCAUUUUUUGUUUUCCUUGGGGGUUUGAGUUAGCAGGAUUCUACUAAAAUAUCUAUAUUUUUUGGUUUUUGUUAUUGGAUGCUUUUUGGUGUCAUGCAGAAGUGUCCUGUAUUCAAGUCAAAGAAUUAUCACAACUAUGUUAAGCCAGAAAUUGUUGUGGCCCUCGUCUUUUACAUCAGUUGAUUAAUUGCUUAUGAUUCCCAACCCUUCAUUGGUGAGUGCAGGAGCAGGAAGUCAAAUACUUGGUUGAUCAAACCACAAAGAUUUAUCAAUUUACCAAUCAAUACAGUCGGCUUAAAUUCAUGUUAGAAAUUCUCUUCCUUUAUUCCAAGGAACUCAGGGUAAGAGAGCUGUGAUUUAAUUUAUUGGCAAUUUAUUUAUGGUUGAUUAUUUAUUACCCAGGUAUGACAAUGCAAGAAAUGAGCUGAUUUCUGAUGACAUUGGAGUUGCAUAUUCAAUACAAAAUGGUAUUCCAAAUUUAAUUCCUCAUGAUGGACGGCUCAUUAAAAAAGACAACACAACAUUAAGUGUGACUGAAUCAAACCAAGACUCAUGAAAUCAUCAUCACUGAAGAAAAAUUAGUUCUGGUACUCAAGUACCAUAAUUUUGCUGAUAUGUGUAUAUUUAUAUAAAUUUAAUCUUUUGUACUGUCUGAUUGUUAGAAAGACCAAUUUCUGUCUAUUAGUUUGUCAACAUCCAGGGUGUUCUUACAUAUACUGAUGCCUUUGGUUAGAGUUGAGAGGAAUGGAAUUCGUUUUUCAAGUCAAUCUUACAAAGUGAAAUGUAUUAAAGAGAAUAUGGUAUCACAUUUGAUGUGAUAAGCAAAGUGAAAGUUUUCCUCUGUAGCCUUGUUAAUCCUCACAAUCUUGCAGGAUGGCAAUUUUUUUACACUGCAGAAACAUAUUUUUGGGGUUUAGGAAGACUGAAAUUUCUGACGACUAAGUUUGAAAGUCUCUUUACCCUUUAAGUCUCACUAGUGACCAAGACAGAAUUUCUCCUUACAUUAUCAGCACAAUAUCAAGCAGACAAGCAAUGAGACUAAAGAAAAAUAUCAAUUAAGGGAUUAUUUGUUGAUCCAAUUCCAAAUUCUCCAAACUAACAUCACAAAUUUUUUAGCAGACAGUAAGCAGAAUUACUCAUGAAAUCUUGGGAGUUAAAGGGUUAAGACACAGAACAUCACAUAACAAGAGAGGAAACAAUAUUUUUAAAAUUUUAUUAGUUGUUUGGUCAUAUAAUAGUGUUAUACUGUACAGUGUAAAUAAUCUUUAUUGAACUAUUUUGAGUUAAUUCAAGCACAAAAAAAUAUGAAGUGACAUAUAAGCUGCAUGCAGAGUUGGUUACCAAAAUAAAGCAAAAAAUUUGUUGCAGAAAUUUAUUGUGCAGUAUUUUUUAAUGAAGGAUUUUUUUUCAGUUAAGGACAAAGAUCUAAAAAAUUUCAACUGUGAAAGAUUCCCAUGCUAUACAGCAGCCAUAAAAGCUUUUGUAACCUUCUAUAACCUAUGAUCAGAUCUAUAUUCUCCACACUCCUCUUCUUACAUUUCCAUUGGUACUGACAAGGAGAAUUUGUUUAUCAAUCAAAGCUUCUUUGGUUGGUGAUCAUUUCCUUUAUUCUCCUGAUUUAAAUGAAGAUUUAGCAGUGUUAUGGUGAGGAGAAAUUAGACUCUGGUCACUCAGGAUUUCAAGGGUUAAGAAAAAAAAGAAAUUGCUUAUCAAAUAAACAUAGUAUGUUUGCAUGGCAACAAUACUUGCCGCCAUUUGUAGGAGAUAGCAGAGAGAGAGAGGUUGGAACUAAUUUACCUCUGAUUUAACUUCUAGUGAAGUCAUCUGCCAGUAUAUCAUCAAGAUGUGCAAUAUAAUUGAUGGCAUAUUUCAGUAUUUUUAUCUUUGGUAGCUUUGUGUCACAUUGAUACCCUGGAAUCAACUGUCUGAGAUCUUG